UGAUUCUGACAAAAACUCAGUUUGUUUACAUCUGAGGGUUUCGCCCUAUUGAAAAGUUGUUACUGAAUUCAAAAUAUUAAAUAGAAUAUUUUCUUUAACUAAAAUCACAUUAAAAUGGAAACUACGUCGUGCCGUUUGUGCUUAGAGCCGUGUGAUUUCAAUGACCGAUUGAAUGAUCGCAACUUUCGAGAGAAAGCUCAGGACAUCCUUGUCCUUUAUCUUAAAGUUGAUAAUGACAAUGUUGCCAUAAUUUGCGAUUCCUGCCAGUCCCAGAUUGAGAGUUUCUACCAAUUCAAGCGGAAAUGCCGACGAAACGAAAAAAAUCGCCGGAAUCCAGGCGGGAAAGUCCUGAUCACGGGCUAUGCGGUGAAGGAAUUGGAUGUGGUUCCACCUAAGAAACCAAGACCGCACAAAGAGAAGGACCCCAACAAGCCUAAAAAGAGAUACUACAAGCGGCUCACGGACCGAGAGUGGGUUCCGUUCACGAAGGAACAGCUCGCGAUCAAACCGAAGGAGGAAUGGCGCAAAGAGCGCAAAACGCGGGUUUGCGAGCUUUGCGGAAAGGUGCUUCCUAAUCUCAUUGACCUGAAAACCCACAUGCACCAGCACAGAGGAGAGCGUCCGUUUGGCUGCGACGAGCCCGAUUGUGGGGCGUCGUUCUCCAGCAUUCAAGCGCUCAAGCAGCACAUCGUUCGGAUACACUCCAACGAACACCAUCCGUGCCCGGAAUGUGGCAAGUUAUUUACGAGUUUCAUAACGCUUCGCAGUCACCGACGAACUCAUCUGGAGAAGCCAUUUGCAUGCAAUUUUUGUGAUUUAAGAGUUCGUCUCAAAUGCCAGCUUAAGACGCACAUGCUGGUGCACACUCAACAGCGUGACCAUGUUUGCAAGUUCUGCGGAAAGGCUUUCUACGCGAGUACGGUUCUAACGUUGCAUCUGCGUUCGCACACAGGCGAACGACCCUAUGCCUGCCACGUGUGCGAAUUUAGCCAUGCGCACCGGAUUCUGUACGUGAAGCACAUGCAAAAGUUUCACCCGGGGGAGGAGAUUCGAACGCUGGCUGAAUUGCAACGGUUGGCGGCCAAAGCAACUGUCGAAAGUGGAGGACAAGAGAAGAAAGUCGAAUGAUGUGAUAAAAUACAAAAUAAGUUUAA